UGUACAUUGUUGUACUGCUCCAUGGAUAAUCGCGUACUCGUGUCACUCUAGUCUACUCACUCCCCACUAUAUGUUCAGGUUCCUUGUCUGCAUUCAAGUGAAUCGCGCUCAUCUUCACAUUUCCAUAGACGAACACUCUCCCUAUUAAGUAAAGCUAUAAAGAAACUUAAAAUAAUCAAUCCAAAUAUCAUUUCCACAAUCAUUUGCGAUCUUAUCAACAAUCCGGUAAAACCCACACAUCGAGAAAGCGACCCGCUGUUUGUUGAGACCUCUUUUGGAAGUGAAGGAAGAGUGGAAUUUGUAUGUGACAUCAACGCCUGCAAUGAUUCUUGAUUUUGUUCUUUAGUGUUUAGUGUCUCUCUAUAUAUAUUCUGGGUGUUUGAUCGAUUGUCAAGAUUGGGUGUCAUCUGCAACCCAUGGCGAAGGUUGAAUUUUGGUUCUUGUCGUUGACUCUUGCGGUGGGUGUGUUGUGUGCGGAGUCGAAGUACGUAGUGUACGAUACUUCGGCCGCCAUUGUUCCCGGGAAGCUCAAUGUUCAUUUGGUUCCUCACACUCACGAUGAUGUUGGUUGGUUGAAGACUGUUGACCAGUACUAUGUUGGCUCCAAUAAUUCAAUCCAGGGAGCUUGUGUGCAAAAUGUAUUGGAUUCCUUGAUUCCGGCAUUGUUAGCUGAUAAAAACAGGAAAUUUAUCUAUGUUGAACAGGCAUUUUUCCAGAGGUGGUGGAGGAACCAAAGUCCGGCAAUGCAGAGUACAGUCCGGGGGCUAGUCAAUUCGGGUCAACUUGAGUUCAUAAAUGGGGGUUGGUGCAUGCAUGAUGAAGCUGCUACACAUUAUAUUGAUAUGAUAGAUCAGACAACCUUAGGACACCAGUAUAUCAAACAGCAGUUCAAUGUUACCCCACGAAUUGGCUGGCAAAUUGAUCCGUUUGGGCACUCUGCAGUUCAGGCAUAUCUUUUGGGUGCUGAGGUUGGAUUUGACUCUCUUUAUUUUGGGCGAAUUGACUACCAAGACAGAGCAAAGCGGAAAGGUGAGAAGAGUCUUGAGGUUGUCUGGAGGGCUUCUAAAAGUUUGGGCACAUCCUCACAGAUUUUUGCUGGUGCAUUUCCUGAGAAUUACGAGCCUCCAAGUGGUUUCUAUUUUGAAGUCAACGACGAUUCUCCCGUUGUUCAGGACGAUACCGAUCUGUUUGAUUACAAUGUCCCAGAGCGUGUCAAUGACUUUGUAGCUGCUGCAUUGUCGCAGGCUAAUAUUACCCGCACGAAUCAUGUAAUGUGGACCAUGGGAACGGAUUUCAAGUACCAGUAUGCACACAGUUGGUUUCGGAACCUGGACAAACUCAUUCAUUAUGUCAAUCAAGAUGGCCGUGUGAAUGCUUUGUACUCAACUCCAUCGAUCUACACUGAUGCAAAAUAUGCUUCCGAUCAGUCUUGGCCUCUUAAGACUGAGGACUAUUUCCCAUACGCAGACCGUGAAAAUGCUUACUGGACAGGAUAUUUCACAAGUAGGCCAACCAUCAAAGGCUAUGUCAGAUUGAUGAGUGCCUACUAUUUGGCGGCAAGGCAAUUGGAAUAUUUUAAAGGGAGAAAUAAGGUCGGGCCAACUACUGACUCACUUGCUGAUGCUAUGGGAAUUGCUCAACAUCAUGAUGCUGUUAGUGGUACAGAAAAACAACAUGUAGCUAAUGAUUAUGCAAAAAGGUUGUCCAUAGGUUACACAGAGGCUGAAGAUGUUGUUGCAAGUUCAUUGGCUUGUGUGGUUGAAGCAAAAUUGAAAUCUGGAUGCAAGAAUCUGGAAACAAAGUUCAAUCAGUGCCCCCUUCUGAAUAUAAGUUAUUGCCCUCCGACAGAAAUUGAUUUGUCUAUUGGGAAAGAACUAGUGAUUGUUGUCUAUAAUCCUCUGGGAUGGAAGAGAACAGAUGUUGUGAGAAUCCCGGUGACCAGUGAAAAUGUUAAUGUUUGGGAUUCCACUGGAAAAGAAGUUGAAUCACAGGUUUUUCCAGUAGUAGAUGCCUCAAUAUCCAUGAGGAAAGACUAUGCUAAAGCCUAUGUCGGCAAAUCUCCAAACACAGCCCCCUUAUACUGGCUUGCAUUUACCGCAACUCCUCCUCCUCUAGGUUUUACCACAUAUACAGUCACCCGUAGUGGACAGAAAGCAGCUGCUACAGUGAAGCAGACAGUACUUGGGUCCAGGACGAGUCAAAAUGAUGAUAUAGUAGCAGGGCCUGGCAACUUGAAACUUCUAUUUUCUGGAAAUGACGGAAGACUUGCUAAAUUUGUUAAUAGCCAAAGCAAGAUUAGUGCUGCUGUAGAACAAUCCUACAUUUAUUAUUCUGCUGAUGACGGGAGUAAGGAUAAGGAUAGAGAUCACUAUCAGGCUUCUGGAGCAUAUAUAUUUCGUCCAAAUGGUUCGUUUGCCAUCAACUCUGAAGGAAAGGUCCCCCUUAAAGUUUUGCGUGGGCCCCUUUAUGAUGAAGUUCAUCAGACGAUAAGUUCAUGGAUAUACCAGGUUACUAGAGUUUACAAGGAAAGAGAGCAUGCCGAAGUUGAGUUUACUAUUGGCCCAAUACCUAUUGAUGAUGGAAUAGGGAAAGAGGUUGUGACUCAGAUUACAACUGAAAUAAAAAGUAACAAGACAUUUUACACUGAUUCUAAUGGGCGUGACUUCCUUGAAAGGAUUCGGAAUUACAGAACUGAUUGGGACCUUCAAGUGAAUCAACCAGUUGCGGGAAAUUAUUAUCCUAUUAAUCUCGGGACAUACAUAAAAGAUAGCAACACAGAGCUCUCAAUCUUAGUCGAUAGGUCUGUGGGAGGAUCGAGCCUUGUUGAUGGGCAAUUGGAGCUGAUGCUUCACAGGAGAUUGCUUCAUGAUGAUGGUAGAGGUGUUGGUGAAGCACUAAAUGAAACAGUAUGCGUUACAGACAAAUGUGCAGGGUUAACUGUACAAGGAAAGUACUAUGUAAGAAUUGAUCCAAUCGGAGAGGGAGCUAAGUGGCGUCGAUCUUUUGGACAGGAGAUAUAUUCCCCGUUUCUUUUAGCCUUUGCCGAGCAGGAUAUAAAUGAAGGGAUGAAGUUUCAAAUUCCUACAUUUACAGGGAUAGACCCUUCCUACAGUCUUCCUGAUAAUGUUGCAAUUAUCACACUACAGGAGCUUGAAGACAAGAGUGUGCUCGUUCGGUUGGCACAUUUAUACGAGGUUGACGAGGACAAAGAUCUAUCAACUGUAACUAAUGUAGAAUUAAAGAAGCUGUUCCCAGGAAGGAAGAUUAAGAAAGUUAAAGAAAUGAGUUUAAGCGCUAACCAAGAACGAGAAGAAAUGGAAAAGAAAAGGCUAGUAUGGAAAGCUGGAGGUUCUUCCAAUGGACAAAAGGCAUCAAGAGGUGGCCCCAUAGAUCCUGUUAAACUCAUCGUGGAACUUGCCCCAAUGGAAAUUCGCACUUUUGUUAUCGGAUUCAGUUCCGAAUUAUCCAUGAAAGUGUUGAAUUCACAUUUCUUUCUGAAAUAAUUGCCCCCCGAGAUGAGGGCACUGGACGACUUGACGGCUAACCUGUUUGUGUGAUGAGUGUUUUUUAGUUGCUUGAACAAUGUUUUCAGAUCUCUUCCUCAUCUUAAAUAAGAAAGCCUUUGAUUUUCUAUGA